AUGGCUGCUCAACAAACUAACAACAACGCUCAAACUGCUUCAUCCGCCAAUAAGAAGGACGCUGGUAAGGACAACUGGGUCAGAAAAGUUCCAGGUGGAUUCGUUGGUUCCAUGUGCACUAUCGUCUAA